UCACGGAGGAAGCGGGCAAACUUGGCGGAUGAGAGGUGAGUGCGGUUCAGGGGAUCUGCAGCACAUUCAGUGAGGGAGGGGGGAGACACAGACAGACAGACAGACAGACAGACAACACCCCGCUGCAAUUGCAGGGAUCCACAACAAUAGCAGCAGGAGACACACUUACUGACCAGAGCCGCGGGGGCUGGAGGGCGGUCCCGUACUUGACAUUGGCCGCCAGAACCAUAACGUCCAGAAAGCGACGAAGGCUCAUCUGCACCACCCCACACAGCAACAAAAGCACCACCUACCGGCAGCACGGCACACUCCCUUGCCUAAAUGCAUUACCUUUGGCUGUUUGCCGGUGACUUUUGUGAAAAGGAAGUCCAGUUUGGCCGGCGUGAGGAACUGAUUGAAGAGACAGGAGUCGAUGGCCAU